AUGCCGAAAGUACAUCGUAGUCCACCGGGCCCUUCCAAAGAAUCAACUAUGCAAUCUACCUCCGAACCCGAGUUAGCGUCAACAAAAAUAAACUAUGGCACACCUGAGACCACACGAAAUAAACGUCUGCGUUUAAAUAAUUCACCUAUUGACAGCCAAUCUCAAUCUAAACUGGAUGAUUUCAAAGAAGAACUAAUGCAAAUACUCUCGUCUUGGAAACAUCAACAGGAUCAAACUUUAAAAAACUGGAAAUCUGAGUUGGAUACUACAUUGUCUACACUUGUGAAAGACGUUAAUGAUUUAAAAAAUCAGUGCAAAGAAAUACGGCAAACGAACGGCGACAUAAUAAAAAGUAUUGAAUUUAAUGGUAAAUGUUAUGAAGAUAAAUGUUAUAAUGGUAAAUGUUUGCGAACCGAUGGCGUAGUUUUCGACUUUCACAAGUGCUCUGUAAAAGCCUAAACUGAAUAAAUAAAUUUUGAUUUGAUUUGAAGACUUAAAUACGAAAGCAACUUCUCUAGAGAACGAUUGUAAGAAGUUAGAAGAAAGUAUUAUCAGCGUCCAGAGUCAAACUCGAGAAUUACAACAUCAAAUCAAAAAAUAUCACUUAGAUUUAAAUUACCAACAGCAACGUGACCGUUCUAUGAACCUAGAAAUAAUCGUAAUCCCCGAAAGGGCUAGUGAAGAUUUAACAAAAAUUGUUUUAAAUAUCGCCAAAUACACUAAUGUGCAGAUGACAGUCCAGGAUAUAGAACGUGUAACCCGUGUGAAGCCAUUUACUCAAGCGCGAGGUAUACCGAAACCAAUAAUUGUUAAGCUUCGAUCACAGUUACUACGUGAUACAGUAUUAUCUGGCAUCCGUACUAAGAAAGGAAUAUCUACAAACGAUAUUAAUAUUCAGGGCGAAUCUAGGCGUAUAUAUAUUAAUGAACAUUUAACCCAUUUCAACAAACUGCUUUAUAAAGAAACGAGAAAUAAAAUCAAGCUCGCCAAAUAUAAAUUCCUUUGGAUUCGUG